AUGUCCGACCAGGAACAACCUCCUACUCCUAAUCCCGACUCAACAAACACAACCCCCAACAAGCCCAAACGUGCCCCUCCCAAGCUAGGCAAGAAGUCUCCUGCCAAGCAAGAACAAACCCCUCCAUCCUCGGAACAGGACCAGGACCAAGACCAGGACAAGCAACCUAAAGAAGACGAGCCUAAGCCUGAAGAGCCCGUCAAACAACAAGACCCAGAGUCCGAGCCUGAGCCCGAGCCCGAGCAAGAAGACCAGCCCGGACCAGAACCAGAGCCCCAACCCAAGCCUGAACGUCGUCGUCGCAGACCUCGUCCCCGCCCACAAGAAUCAGACACCGAGUCCAUCGCCCGCAGCGAAAUGGAACCAGAGCCUAGACCUCAGCGCCGCGUCCGUCGCCAGCGCCAGCCACAACAACAACAACAACAAAACAGCAGUCCGCUCGGCGGGCUUCCUGGCGUUGGCGGCGUAGACCAGGCCGGCCAGCUCGUGCAGAACACAGCCGGUAAUGCCCUUAACGGGGUGACUGGCAGUGCAGGCAAAGCUGUUGGCGGAGUCCUUGGCGGCGGCGAGGAGAAGAAAGAGGACGAUGGUGGUCGUGAUGAGCAGCUUCGUCUGCGGUUAGACCUCAAUCUGGAUAUUGAGGUUCAGCUCAAGGCGAAGAUUCAUGGUGAUUUGACGAUUGGUUUGCUUAAUUAA